AUGAUAGCUACAGUUUUAUUCCCUUCUCUUUUCUUCUCUCCCUUCUCUUUUCUUCUCUCUCUUUUCUUCUCUCUCUUCUCUUCUCUCCUCUUCUCUUCUCUCCUCUUUCGUCUCCUCUUCUCUCUCUUCUCUUCUAUCCCUGCUCUUCCCUUCUCUUCUCUCUCUUCUCUGCUCUCCCUUCUCUUCUCUUCUAUCACUUCUAUCCCUUCUCUUCUAUCCCUUCUCUUCUAUCCUUCUCUCCUUCUUUUUCUCUUCCUUCUCUUCUCUUCCCUUCUCUCCUUCUCUUCUAUCCUUCUAUCCCUUCUCUCCCUUCUCUUCUCGUCUCUCCCUUCUCUUCUCUCCCUUCUCUUCUCUCCCUUCUCUUCUCUCCCUUCUCUUCCCUUCUCUUCUCUCCCUUCUCUGCUCUCCCUUCUCUUCUCUUCUAUCCCUUCUCUUCCCUUCUCUUCUCUUUCUCUUCUCUUCUCUCCUCUUCUCUCCCUUCUCUUCUCCCUUCUCUCCUCUUCUCUCUUCUCUCUUCUCUCUCUUCUCUUCUCUUCUCUCUUCUCUUCCUUCUCUCCUUCUCUUCUCUUCUCUCUCUUCUCUUCUCUCCCUUCUCUUCUCUCCUUCUCUUUCUUCUCUUCUCUUCUAUCUCUUCUCUUCUAUCCCUUCUCUUCUAUCCUUCUCUUCUAUCUCUUCUUCUUCUCUCCCUUCUCUUCUCUUCUCUCCCUUCUCUUUUCUUCUCUCCCUUCUCUUUUCUUCUCUCCCUUCUCUUCUCUCCCUUCUCUUUUCUUCUCUCCCUUCUAUCCCUUCUCUUCUCUCCUAUCCCUUCUCUUCUCUCUCUUCUCUCCUAUCCCUUCUCUUCUCUCUCUUCUCUUCUAUCCCUUCUCUUCUCUCUCUUCUCUCUCUCCCUUCUCUCUUCUCUCUUCCUUCUCUCUCCCUUCUCUUCUAUCCCUUCUCUUCUAUCCCUUCUCUUCUAUCCCUUCUCUCUCCCUUCUCUUCUCUUCUCUUCUAUCCCUUCUCUCUCCCUUCUCUUCCUCUCCCUUCAUCACAUAUUCGUAUAUACAUAUCGAUGAACACCCAUCCGCUGACGCACGCUCUCUUCGGGAUAAAAAAUGUUGCCAAGUGUGCACUCCCGGGUGGGCAAUAGUGUGGUUGGAUAAUGAUUUUUUUCUCCCCUCUCCCCCCUCCCCCCCUCUCCCCCCUCUCCCCCCCUCCCUCUCUCUCUCCCUCUCUCCCUCUCUCUCCCCCUCUCUCCCCUCUCUCCAUCCCUCUCUCUCUCCCUCUCCCUCCCUCCUCUCUCCCCUCCUCUCCUCUCCCUCUCUCCCCCUCCUCUCUCUCCCUCCCUCUCCCUCUCUCUCUCCCUCCCUCUAUUCCCUCUCUCUCUCUAUUCCCUCUCUCUCUCUCUAUUCCCUCUCUCCCUCAAUUUUUGUAUAG